AGUCUCGACCUCUCCCAAAUCGUCCAUCCCAGACUUUACGUUACGUUACUACGUUAGCCAUCAUUGCAGAUCUACACUUUCUAGAGCUCUUCAGCAAUGGAGGUUCGAAGAUCUGUCUCAGCUUAUGCGCUGUUGUUGUACUUAGUGUCGGUAUGGUUGUGGUGUGUGAAUGGUUCCGUUCAUGAGUACAAUGAAGUGAAGUUCAUUAGCAAGGGAAACGCCUUCGUGGUUCACGGAGGCAGUGAGGGGCUUUACUCCUCCGUGCCUAGCCUUAAUGAGUCUGCGACUGCUGGAAUUUCUUACAUAAAAUUUGACAAGAUCACUGUCCGGAGGCCUAAGGAAGCUGCUCAGGCUGGUCCAUCUCUGGUUCAAGCUAUUGUUUUUGAGGUUGAAGAUAGGGAGACAAUUGGUGGCUCUGCUUAUGGUGGUCAGAGAGCAGUCUGCUGCACUCCAGAUCUUGCAAAAUUAGGAGCGUGUAAACAAGGGGAGAUCAUCCACCGUCCAUCAACCAGAAAUCCUGACUGGCCUCAAGUAUUUGGUGUCUCUUUUGAGGGAGAUGACCUUGUUGCGUUUUUUCCAUCUAAAACUAUACAGAUUACAGAAACUGGGAUGUAUAACCUGUAUUUCAUCCACUGUGAUCCAAAUCUCAAGGCCCUGACCAUAGAGGGGAAAACCAUUUGGAAAAAUCCUACGGGAUAUUUACCUGGAAGGAUGGCUCCACUUAUGAAGUUUUAUGGGUUCAUGUCCCUUGCUUUUGUGAUACUUGGUAUCUUUUGGUUUUCACAAUAUGCCAGAUUCUGGACAGAGGUUCUUCAUCUGCAAAACUGCAUAACUUUAGUGAUUGCAUUGGGAAUGUUUGAAAUGGCAUUGUGGUACUAUGAUUAUGCAGAGUUCAAUGAGACCGGAGUCAGGCCAACUGGAAUUACUGUAUGGGCAAUCUCAUUUGGCACUAUAAAGCGAACAGCGGCACGUCUCAUCAUACUUCUGGUUUCUAUGGGUUAUGGUGUUGUGAGACCCACUUUGGGUGGUCUGACAUCAAAGGUCCUUAUGCUUGGAGGUACAUUUUUCCUGGCAUCCGAGGUGCUUGAAAUUGUGGAGAAUGUUGGUACCAUAAAUGAUCUUUCAGGAAAGGCAAGAUUAUUCCUGGUUCUUCCUGUUGCACUCUUAGAUGCCUUCUUCAUUCUUUGGACAUUUAGGGCCCUCUCUAUGACGCUUAAUAAACUUCAGGCAAAAAGGAUGCUGGGAAAAUUAGAUAUUUACAGAAAGUUUACAAAUGCACUCGCAGUAGCUGUUAUUGUGUCCGUCGGUUGGAUCUGCUAUGAGCUUUACUUCAAGUCAACAGACGUGUACAACGAGCGCUGGCAAAGUGCUUGGAUUAUCCCUGCAUUUUCACAAGUCUUAUCUUUCUCUCUCCUAUGUAUUAUAUGUGCUCUUUGGGCACCCUCCCAGAAUUCUACACGAUAUGCCUACUCCGAAGAUACCGGAGAAGAAUUUGACAAGGAGGAUACUCUCACACUGAUCAAGCCUUCUUAUGUGGCUUUAUCGAAGGAUAUUCGUAGCUCGCCGGAACCUGCAUCAGCUCAAAACAGCAAUGGAAAAUCAGAUGAUCUAGAGGAAGAGAAGACAGAGUAGCGCUCUUUAUUGGAUGGAGUUUGUACACGGGAAAUCCCACUUAGGCGUUUAUCAUAUGUUGAAGCACAAGGUGUUCUGUUACAAAGACUUGAACUUCCUCACCAUAAUGUGCAUACUGAGUGUUGGCAUAGCAUUGCUUCAAAACAGUGAUACGUGGGAUUUCGAGACAAAAUGAUUUUUUCCACUUAUUUUCUUUAAAUUAUUCUACCAGUCUGUUGCUAGCCGCAAGGGUUCUGUUAUUCCUGUAACUCUCACCGACAGCGGGAACAUUGGAAAAAUGUGUGCAAUGUGUUACUAAAAUGUUCGUGAGGAGGCUCAAUUAGUUCCUCUUCAUGAAGAGUGAAGUCCAGAUGCGUAAUACAAAGAGCACAUUUUACA